AUGAAAGAUAAUAUUCUCGAUAAGACGAGUGGGGACGGGAGUGGUAGUGCUGAGCAAAGUACAAGGCGUAUUCCCAGAACCAGGAGUAGCACGAGUACAGCGGAGUGCACGGGUACAUCCACGAGCACAAGCACAGCAACAAGCACGAGCGCAAGCACAGCCACAACGAGCAUGAGGACAACUUCAGCCAUAGCUCCAACCUCAAACACACCAAUCCCGACACCGACAAACACAAAAUCGACUCACACUGUUUGUUACUGCGAGCACUGCGAUAAAUCGUACACAGGCAGACACGCACGUUCUAUCCUCAGAAGACAUUACCAAGAGAAACACGGGAUUCCAUUGACUGCUCAACCACGACGCACACGUUGGGAUAACAGCCACGAUCGGCCUAAGGAUGACGACGAUAGGCGUAGGCGUAUGCUUGAGAGCAAGCGGAGGUGGGCGGCAAAUAAGCGGCAAAGGAGUCGAACACUUAAUGAAGGUGGUGACAGUAACAUUGAAAACACGGCUGAAAACAACCGAAAGAACCCCACACCCACUCCGACUCCACCUUCUCUCACUCCAAUCAAACACACGCCUUCACAAUCCACCCUGCCUCCUCUCACUUACCCCACCCGCGCACCACCUUCGAUACCCAGAUUUGAGAUAUUCAGGGAAGACGGUAAUGAUAUCACACCAUUCAAGCUACCAGCAAUAACACCCUACCGGCAAACAACGCGUGUACCAACAACCGAGAAUAUGAUGUUGAGCGGCACCAACACACCUCCACCAACACUACCCGCUUUGUUUAAAGAGAAGAAUCGGAAUAUCAGCGACACUGUCAAGACUAACAAGUUUGAAUACUUGAGUUCUCCCGCUCACUCAGAUCUAGCCACCAAACUCGGUCUCGCACCAACACCAAAACAUAUGCCUUUCAGUCCACUGAAUAACCCACAUACUCCACGUGCACGGUACAAGGACAACGAUAAUGAUCAAGAUCAUGAUAACGACUCACCCGUUAAAGUUAGAUCUAAGCUACCGUCGUUGAGAGAAUUGACCGGUGGUGGAUGUGGUGAGAAGGCAGGCGCUAUGGAGAUGCAAGGUAAGUUGGUGAGGGGAAAGCAGCGUCUAGGUGAGCCUGGGCCUGAAUGUGAAACGGCCGAUUAG